AACUUCAUAAUGAAAUAAUGUUGAAUCGGAACGAUAAAAGAAUAAGUGAUAUAUCGAAAAGUGAUUCACUAUAUUAUGCGAAUGAAACCAAAAUACAAAAUAAAGAUCAUGUAGAUUUCAGUGUAAACAAGCAGCUCUUUUAAACCUCUCAAAGACCAUCAGACAUGAUUGAUACACAAACUUAGAAUGAAUGUUGUAAGCACAUGAGAAAGACGGAUAGGGGUGUUGCAAUAUUAGUAUAAAUCAUACAAAAUUUAUGCAUUUCAAUUCACAGUUGGAAAAAGUACGGGAGAGGGUUGUAGCUUUGUUUCAACUAUUUAACAUGUAGCCCAUUUACAUUUAUAAAAAAUUUUGUAGGGUCUAAACAUUUUAGACUGAUUUACAUAUGAAAAAAAAAAACACACUGAAUAUGUUUAUAUGUCGCUAUGAAAACAACCUUUCGUAUCUAUGAUGAUAGUCCAUUAUGAGAACACAAAUUAUCUACAUCGAGAGUUUACCUUACAUUCAAAAGUGGAAGCAGCAUGAUGGGUGAUGGAGAGUAUGUUUCAGCAUUCAACGUGCCAAAGAUUUGGGACAGAUUGCAAGGAUUUGAUCGCCAUGAUUAAGGAGCACAACGCUUGGCCAAGCUUUGCAACAUAACUGGAGAGAGUAGAGACUCUGCAGAUAUGCUUUCCAGACUUCAAGAUCAUUCAUAUUCCAUGAGCGCAAAACUAGAUUUUUGAUUCUUUAGCUAGGACUGUGAGGUUCUUCCAUAGGAAAUUAUGUUUUAUCGGUUGUUUUACUGUAGUCUGGUUACUUAGAACACCUCAAGUUUGAGUAAUAGAAUAGCUUUUCAUCGCCCAGUUUCUUCAUCAACUCAGCGGCUUCUAUCUUCUUUGUUCUCUGCUUAAGGAACUUGAAAAGAAAGGUAGUAGAAAGUUAUGGCUUACGCACCACCAACGAAGCAAGGAAAGACUGAAUUUGAGAAGCCACAAGAGCAGAUUCACAAGAUCGGAAUCACUCUCUCCUCAAAGAACGUCAAAAACCUUGAGAAGGUGUGCACUGACUUGGUCCGUGGUGCCAAAGACAAGAGAUUGAGAGUGAAAGGACCAGUGAGGAUGCCAACUAAAGUUCUCAAAGUUACCACAAGAAAAGCUCCUUGUGGUGAAGGAAACAACACAUGGGACAGGUUCGAGCUCCGUGUACACAAGCGUGUGAUCGAUCUCUUCAGCUCUCCUGAUGUUGUGAAGCAGAUCACUUCCAUCACCAUUGAGCCUGGUGUUGAGGUCGAGGUCACCAUUGCUGAUUCAUUCAUGCGCUUUAAUUCACAAUCUUGUCUUUGAAUUCCAGCGACUUCUCUUUUUUUCUUGUUACAAGAUUUAGACUUUUGUUUUCUUCCUAUAUAUGUUAUCCUUUUGAGUUUAUGUUUGUUGAA